GUUUUAUUUAAGAUAUCGAUACUGCUGGGAGGUGUGUUAAAAGUGAUCCACGGACAUGAAUUUCUUGCGUUUGUCUUGCGCAGCGUGCAGAAACUGGAGACCGUCGUUUUUCCACCUGCUGUGGUUUCUCACCCUGGGCAACAGCGUUCUUAUGAAUGCUGGCGCUGACAGUGCCGAAUGUGAUCAAGGCGCAUCUAUUCUGCUACGGUCUCUCAAUUUACCUCAAAACACAGAAUAUGAGAUUGUAUCUCCAUAUGAGGUCGACCACCAAGGCGUUUACGUCUCUCAUGAAAUUGCCCACCACCAGCGCAAAAGGCGGCGCAGAUCCCUCGUUUCAGACGCGGACUCAUCUGCCGCUGAAAGCAUCAGCGAAACAGUCCACUUCCGACUCCGAGGCUUGGGGCAGGACUUCCACAUGGAGCUGAGGGACGCCUCGGAAAGCCUGAUUGCACCUGGCUUCACCAUCCAGGUCCUGGGAAAGAAUGGCACCAAGAGCCUGAGGGCCUACCAUCAGGAUGACCUCUGCUUUUACCAAGGGUCACUGAGGUCAAGGGUCAACUCCUCUGUGGCACUAUCCACAUGCAUGGGGAUGUCAGGUUUGAUCCAAACACAGGAUGCAGAAUAUUUCUUGAGACCCGUGUCACACGGCUUGGCGCAGAUGGAGAACUUCACAGCGCCCUUCGGUCAUCAGCCACACAUCCUCUAUAAGAGAGAAAGGGACUCCCAAACACAGCGGCAACAUGUGCUUCAAAAGAGAUCCGCUGACAACACAGUGUUUGAACGUCAAUACAAGGGACUGCAAAAACAGCAUGACAACAAUAACAACAACACUCAAGCUGACCUGAUAAAACAUCAUGGAAGUGGCCAACAGCACAAUGACCAUCGCCAUGACAGCGACUACAGACAUGGGGAGAAGCAGAAGCAACACUUCUGUGGGAGAAGGAAGAAAUACAUGCCAAAACCUCCAGAAGAGGAUAUUUUUAUCCUUCCAGAUGAAUACAAGUUUAUCCCCAGGAAUAAAAGGGCAGUGCUGAUGAAGAACAAGGCCAGCCAGGGACUCAAUGUGGAGACACUUGUGGUGGUGGACAGAAAGAUGAUGGACAACCAUGGCCAUGAGAACAUAACUACAUAUGUUCUUACUGUGCUUAACAUGGUCUCAAGUCUGUUCAAAGACGGCACAAUAGGGGGAAAUAUCAACAUAGUGAUUGUGGGUCUCGUCCUCCUGGAUGAAGAACAGAAUGGCUUAGUAAUCAACCACCAUGCAGACCACACACUGAACAGCUUUUGCCACUGGCAGUCCACCCUGGGAGGUAGAGAGGGCCGGCACCAUGACCACGCCAUCCUCCUCACGGGACUCGACAUCUGCUCUUGGAAGAAUGAACCCUGUGAUACUCUUGGGUUUGCGCCAAUUAGCGGGAUGUGUAGCAAAUACCGUAGCUGUACCAUUAAUGAGGACACUGGCCUGGGUUUGGCAUUCACCAUCGCCCAUGAAUCAGGACACAAUUUUGGAAUGGUCCAUGAUGGUGAAGGGAAUGUUUGUAAAAAGUCAGAAGGCAACAUCAUGUCUCCCACAUUAGCUGGUCACAACGGUGUCUUCUCCUGGUCUGCUUGCAGCCGUCAGUACCUCAGCCGCUUCCUCAAUUCUGCCCAGGCUUUGUGCCUAUCAGAUGAACCAAGAGCAAUCACAGAGUAUCAAUACCCUGAGAAGCUGCCUGGCGAGCUGUACGAUGCAGACACACAAUGCAAAUGGCAGUUUGGGGAGAAGGCCAAACUCUGCACCCUUGAUUUUAAGAAGGAUAUCUGCAAGGCUCUGUGGUGCCACCGUGUUGGGAGGAAGUGUGAGACCAAAUUCAUGCCAGCUGCUGAGGGCUCUGCUUGCGGCCCCGAUAUGUGGUGUCGUCGGGGCCAGUGUGUGAAACAGGGUGAUGAGGGUCCAAGGCCUCAGCAUGGCCACUGGUCAGAGUGGUCCUCCUGGUCUACAUGCUCUAGAAGCUGUGAGAGCGGCGUUACAUAUCAUGAGAGGCAAUGCAGCAACCCCAGACCGGCAUACGGGGGGAAGUUCUGCGAGGGUUCCUCCAGGUCAUACAAACUUUGCAAUACUGAAGACUGUCCCAGGAACACCAUUGACUAUAGAGCACAACAGUGUGCUGAGUUCAACGGCAAACAGUUCAGAGGCUGGUACUACACUUGGAGACCAUACACUAGAGUGGAUGAUCAAGAUCUAUGCAAGCUCUACUGCUUUGCUGAAGGUUAUGAUUUCUUUUUUGCCUUGGCCAGCAAAGUUAAGGAUGGGACACUCUGCUCACCAGACAGCUCUAAUGUCUGUAUUGAUGGACUGUGUGAGAGAGUUGGCUGUGACCGUGUUUUAGGCUCCACAGCUGUGCCCGAUGCUUGCGGGGUGUGUAAAGGAGACAACUCCACCUGCAAGAUUUACAAAGGACAGUACACAAAACAGCAUUUUACUAACCAGUACUAUGCAGUGAUAACCAUCCCAGCUGGAGCUCGGAGCAUCCGUGUGAUUGAACUGAAUUCCUCCACCUCCUACUUGGCUGUCAGGGACACACAUAGACGCUACUACCUUAAUGGCCACUGGACCGUGGACUGGCCUGGCCGACACCCCAUUGCUGGAGCAAUUUUCGAGUACAAAAGACCAUAUAACAGACCAGAGAGUCUCAUAUCAGCCGGUCCCACCAAUGAGACUCUAGUAAUAGAGGUGCUGUUGCAGGGCUGGAAUCCUGGUGUGCAUUGGGAAUAUACUCUAAAGAAAGCUGAUGAGAAACUGAUGAAGAACCGCAUCAAGCACAAUUAUACAUGGGCUAUCAUACGCUCCCAGUGCUCAGCCACUUGUGCUGGAGGCCAAAUGAACACCAAGUCAGCAUGCUACAAAGACUUGAAAGUGCAGGUGAAUGUGUCGUACUGCAAUCCCAGAUCAAGACCAGCUACUGGAUUGAUGCCCUGCAACACCCAACCAUGUCCUCCCAGCUGGUCUGUAGGAGAGUGGGGGGUGUGCAGCCGAAGCUGUGGAGGAGGGGAGCAGACUCGGCAGGUCCAGUGUGUCCAGAGAACCAGCCGGACUGACGUGGACACCCUGGCUGACUCUCGUUGUGCCCAGCCGUCCCCGGUCAGGAAGCAGACCUGCAACACACACAGCUGUCCACCGGUUUGGACAACUGGGUCGUGGUCACAGUGCUCGCGUAAGUGUGGCAAUGGUUUGAAGAAGAGGACUGUGCUGUGUGUGAGCUCUAACCCGGGUGCCCAGGCGCACACGCUGCCCAACAGCAAGUGCGCAGGCCUGCCAAAACCUGCUGGUCAGGAUUCCUGCUUCAUCAGACGCUGCCAGAAACAACGCAAGGUCCAGUGGUUUGUCUCCACAUGGCAAGAGUGUUCAGUAACAUGUGGUCGUGGCUAUCAGGCACGCUUCAUCAAGUGUGCAGAGAAGGACACUGCAGGAAAAUACAGAGAGCUUGCUCCCAAGAAGUGCCACCAUGUUCCCAAACCCAUAGUAGAGCUUCAGAAGCCCUGCAUCCUGGCUGAAUGUCCUGUCCGCACAACGCAAUCAGUGCUCUACCAAUGGAAGACGCAUCAUCGGAGCUAUCCAGCCCACCCUCCACCUCGGCCAGAAUGGCGCUCGUCUCCUUGGUCUCAGUGCACGGUGACAUGUGGAGGAGGAGUGCAGGCCAGGGCGGUCCAGUGUCUGGCGGAAGAGAAACCUUCCACCGGCUGUGCCGUCCAUCUCAAACCUGCAGUGUCCCAGGCCUGCAAUACCAACUUCUGUCCACAACCUGAGAAGAAAGAACUUGCAUGUCAGGAUUACUUCAGCUGGUGUUACCUGGUGCCCCAACAUGGAGUCUGCAACCACAAGUUCUAUGGCAAGCAGUGCUGCCAGUCAUGUUCAAAUUCAAACCUAUAAUCCUAGGACGUGACUCAGUCCGCUGUACAGGCAGAUAGGUAGUUAGUCAAAAGACUGCAAAACAUGGUUGUGGUUUUAAGCAUGUGGCGAGCACUGAAAUACAAAGCCUUUUCUUUGGAAGUGCUCUUCAUUUUCUCUCUGCGAUGCCGGACAUCUGGAUACAAGAACUUGAUGUUGACAGCACUACACAGGAAUGGGAUCGGGAAAACACAAAUAAAGACAAGAAUUAUGUGGAGGAACUAACAAAAUAGUAAUCGUGAUUAAAGCAAAUAGGAUGGACAUGUCUAAAAGAAACUGAAAAAUCCCAGCUUUGUUUAUAUACUGUAGCUCAAAAGAUCUGUACUCAGGACACUCAGCAUCUCUCAGUCAACAAAAGGCCAACGAUGGCAAACCAACAAAGAAAGACGUCUUCAAGCGCUGCCACGCAACACGUGAUAUGCCCUGGUCUGCGCUGCAGACCCUGAUGAAUUGACAAUCUGUGGUUUCUUAAUGAAAAGGGACGUUUCAAAGAGACGAUAAAGGUAUAAAUAAAUUUUGCCUUGAGCUUAAUUUUUUUUUUUUAUUAAAAAAAAGAGAACAAAAAUGACAUGCUAAUCAAUGUGUAUUUCUUUAAUAGCUGGGCAGUUGCCAUGUAAGUUGUCAUGUAAAAGUAAAAAAAGAAGAGAGCACAAAUCAACUGCAUCAUCAGAUGCAUAUGUUUUCUGUGACGGGAUAAGUCUGCGUGAUGUGGCUUUCCUUCCAAGUGGUGCUACAACUUUGUCGCAUUGAAUUCAUGAAAUCAGUGUGAAAUGUUCAAGCUUCAGGAAAUAACAAAUGAAUUGUGUGACCCGUGUACAGUAUUAUUUGUUUUAUUUAUUGGCUUUGCAAUGCAGUGUUUCUGGAAAACUGUAUGAUUAAGCAUUAUAAAUGUGUCCUUGUAUUACUCUACCCUAAGCCCA